AGCGGGCCCGGCCGGCGCGCGGGGGUGCGGCCGUGAUCCCGCGCCGCGCUCCCGCCGCUCCGGCACUUCCCGGCUCUUCCCGGCGUUUCCCGGCCCGCCAUGGCCCUCAACAAGUCCAUGCACGCCCGCAACCGCUACAAGGACAAGCCCCCCGACUUCGCCUACCUGGCUGGCAAGUACCCCGAGUUCCAGCAGCACGUGCAGACCACCCUGGCGGGCAGGGUGAGCCUGAACUUCAAGGAUCCCGAGGCCGUGAGGGCUCUGACGUGCACCCUCCUGAAGGAGGAUUUCGGGCUGACGAUCGACAUCCCCGUGGAAAGGCUCAUCCCCACCGUCCCUUUGAGGCUGAACUACAUCCACUGGGUGGAGGAUCUCAUCGGCCACCGGGAUGCUGACAAGCAAACCCUGAGACGAGGCAUUGACAUAGGGACAGGGGCAUCCUGUAUAUACCCAUUACUUGGAGCAACUUUGAAUGGCUGGUAUUUCCUUGCAACAGAAGUGGAUGACAUGUGCUUCAAUUAUGCCAAGAAGAAUGUGGAACAGAAUAACUUGUCUGAUCUCAUAAAAGUGGUUAAGGUACCACAGAAGACUCUUCUAAUGGAUGCACUGAAAGAAGAAUCUGAGAUCAUUUAUGAUUUCUGCAUGUGCAACCCCCCCUUUUUUGCCAACCAGUUGGAAGCUAAGGGAGUUAAUUCUCGAAAUCCACGGCGUCCCCCUCCCAGCUCCGUAAAUACAGGAGGGAUCACAGAAAUCAUGGCUGAGGGAGGAGAACUAGAAUUUGUCAAAAGAAUUAUUCAUGAUAGUCUCCAACUUAAAAAGAGGUUACGAUGGUACAGUUGCAUGUUGGGGAAGAAAUGCAGUUUAGCACCACUGAAAGAAGAACUUCGAAUCCAGGGGGUCCCUAAAGUCACUCACACUGAAUUCUGCCAGGGACGCACCAUGAGAUGGGCACUGGCCUGGAGUUUCUAUGAUGAUGUGCAAGUACCUUCACCUCCCUCUAAAAGAAGAAAGUUAGAAAAACCACGAAAACCAAUUACAUUCUUGGUCUUGGCUUCUACAGUCAAAGAAUUAUCUGUCAAAGCUGCAGCCAUGGGCUGGGAUGCAGUAGAAGCUAUUGCUGUGGUUAGAGCCUGGGUGGAGAAGAUUCUCACUGAUCUGAAGGUUCAGCAUAAACGUGUUCCAUGUGGAAAAGAUGAAAUUAGCCUCUUUGUGACUGCCAUUGAAAACUCUUGGAUUCAUUUGAGGAGAAAGAAACGAGAGAGAGUAAGGCAAUUACGAGAACUUCCUCGAGCUUCUGAAGAUAUUCUGCAAGCAAUGGAGGAGGAAAAGAACAGCCAGAAGAGCGUGAGCAACAACUCGGACUGUGAAAACCCCAAGGCUGAAGACUCUGAAAUGGGCUUUAUGGCACCUGAUGAGGAUGUCCAGGUGACAGCAGGUGAUGAGCAAGCAGAGGAAUCUGCUGCCAAAGAAGAACACAGUGAUCCUGUGAAGGAAGAGGAGAUGGAAGCAAAGCAGGGAGAAACAUCACUUGGGAAAGGUUCUGGUGAUGUGAAGGAGGAACCUCACCCUUCAGAGGAAGCUAGCAAUCUUACAGUGGAAAAAGAGCCAGGCCCUAAAGAAACUAGUGGGGGUUUUCUCUUCAAGUGUUUAAUGAAUGUGAAGAAAGAAGGAAAUGAUGUAGUAGUAGAAAUGCACUGGGUUGAAGGACAGAACAGAGACUUGAUGAACCAGCUGUGCACAUACUUACGGAACCAAAUUCUUCGACUGGUUGCUAGUUAGCUCUGUUUCCUACUUUGGUAAAGUAGGUCUGCCCUCAAAUUUUGUAAACUAUUUUUAAUGAAUUAAAAAUUUCAGAUAGAAAAACCUGUCUUUUCCCCCUUAAAAAAAAAAAAAAGAGUAGAAUGAAGAUGGAUGUCUCCUUUAAUAUUUUAAAUAGGUUUUUCAGAAAUGUAAGGAGGACAUGAAGUGAUGAGGAAGUAAUAGAUUUCAUACUGCAGUUGUAAUACUACAUGUGGAAGUGAAACAUGUUUAUGCUGUGAACAUUUUAAGUAUCAGCAGUGCUUAUUCUGGUCUUUUUCUGGCACAAUAGAAAUAUAUAUUGUUACUAAGUAGAAAUCUUUACUGAAUUAUUUUCUUCAAUAUUUUUUCAGUACUAAUACAGGAAGUGGUUAGUCUGCAGUGGGAAUUGUUUCCUGCAGUGAGAGCCUUUAGCAGAGGAUUUCUGUGUGCCUCUCUUCCCUUUAAUGUAUCUAACUUCUGGUCAACAGAGUAGCAGCAUAGAUACAUUCUCCUAGUGUCAAUUCAUUAAAAUAAUUGAUUUAGGGAAAAAAUGUGUGUUGUAUUUAUUUGGUGCUUGGGCUUUGAAACACAGAAGACCCUACUGUUAGCGUCUGGUUUUGUAAACUUGAGCAAUGAAAGAAGCUUUUUGAGCUGCUUGAUUUAAAAACGAUUAAAAUACAUUGACUCUUUCAUUAGACCAUCCUUUACACUUAGUCAGAUAUACUUGUCUGAAAUGACAGCAGUAUUCUUAAAGAAUUUUGCUUCCAUUUAAUUUUAAGAUUUAAUGAUGGGAAUGAGAUGCUCUUCUUCAAGGGCCGUAAAUUUCUGCGUGUAUGUGUUUGAGAUGAUGACCACCAGCCCUGCUUCACGUGAAGUCAGCCUGUCAUACAUUUCUCUGAAGAGAGAUACAGAACAUGAAGAGCUUUUCUGAGUGGGGUGUGGGUGUGGUGGGUGUGUGUUACCCAAAAUAAAGCAAUGGUGUCCAGAAGGAAA